AUGCCUUUACGUUCGGGAGUGAGUCACAGCAAGAAGGGGAGCCGGAAGGAAGUGGUAAGGCGAGCGUCUACAUCAUCGUCGUCAACACUGCUGUCGACGGCGAGCGCGCCCAAGUCGACAACAGCGAUGACAACGGCGAGCGCUCCAAAGGACCGACUUUCAGGCUCGUUGCCUGCUACGAAAGCGCCGGCCGCUAAAACCAAACUUAUCAUGACAUCAAAGAAGACGCCGAGUGUCUUUGAAUUCCUCGAGAAGAAUGGAAAGACCGACAACAACGGCUUCAUGUCGCAGGACGAUAUGAGCAGCUCAGGGUCAGAGAGUGAUGCUGAGAGUCAGUUGACGGCCCCGUCGACCACCAUGUCAACCCGUCCCAGUCCGCCAGUGUAUCAGCAGCCCAAGGACGCGGGUAAACCGAUCCAGACCUCUCCCUUGGUGUCCAAGCAGGCGCAGGCGCCUGUAGCCCGUUCCCGCCCCAGUAUGACCGUGGAUACCUCGAAGGUUAUCACGGGCAUGCAGUUCGUCAACAAGGUUGCGGGCGACCGGAGGAUAUCCAUGGCUGGAUCGUUUACGCCAACACCAUCUCCCACCGAGACCUCAAACCCGAUGGAAAAGAAGUCAUAUGAGAUCUCUACCUCGGAGAAGUUUUACACCUCGUCUGAAGAUGCUUCUGACACGCAUCGGCCACCAUUACCGCCCUCCCCUCCCAAAAGUCCAGAGGGGCGUCCUCGCCGGAGUCACCAUCGUUCGAGACGGCACUCUAAAACGAUGCAGGUCUCAUCGGGCUAUGGUUUUCUUUCCUCCCACUUGGUCUCGUCAACGGCAAAGAACUCGAACACUCAACUCCAGAUACCUCCGCUCUAUCGGAAAUUCGAGGCCUUGAACCAUCGCGUUCUACUCCACCUGCAGGAUGAAAUCGCAGAGAUGGAGGAGGACAUCCAGACUCUCGACGAGUAUGAUGAGAUGCACCGUGUCGCCACCGCUCAACAGGAGGGGACGAAACCGCUGCCCGCUUCGAGGCGCAUGGAUGAGGCACAGGUAUACUCGUCUUUGCAUAAUCGACGAGUAGAGUUGAUGAAUACCUUGAUCCACAAGACUGAGCAAUACAACAAUGCGCUCAGUGCUUUCAGCAAAGUCCUGCAGACACUCCCACCCGCGUCCGAAGAAGAUAUCACAACAUAUCGUACCUGGAUGGAGAAGACGAAUCCAGUCGCGUUGGUCGAAACCCGCUUCCUAAACCAUGACGAGGACCUUGUCUCCUUGACCGGCUCUGCCGCGCGCCUUGACCUUGUUCGUUCCCAAUUGACCACCCCCCCCAUCUAUGCGACCAUCAUCGCCGCCUCGACGGCGAUCCUCUUGCCUCUCCUCGCUUUCAGCAUGAUCCACGAAUUCUUCGGUCGUCUCGUUGUCGUGACGGUUAUCUGUGGCUCGGUGUCUGCCAUCGCCGCCACUUAUGCGCCGGGUGGGGACCAGCUCGUUGAAUCGCGAGAUGGAUGGCUAUGCGCUGCUCUGUAUUUCAGCUUUAUGACUCUCGCUGCCAUGUUCAUUCCAUAG